AUGGGGAUCGUACAGAGCCGUGCCGGCGAGAGCGAUGGCGGUGUGCGCGAGGUGUUCAUCGGCGGUGUCAAGGGCGGCGCGCCUCAUCAAUCCUGUCAAGCAAGCCUCGGCAUGGGAAGUUUGGGUGGACCGCACGCACGGACUGGCAGCGUCCGUAGCGCGCCGAGGCAACCGAUGCCUGACGCCGUCGAACUCGAGAGGCGCUUCACCAAAGUGCUGGCUUCAAUGGAUUUACCUCCGGACAAGGCAAAACUUUUGAAGCAGUACGACAACGAGAAAAAAUGGGACAUCAUAUGCGAUCAAGAAAGGGUACAAGCAAAAGAUCCACCAUCACAUUACUUAGCAAAAUUACGAACGUAUCUAGAUCCGAAAGCGUCACGAAGCCAUCGAACGUAUCGUUUUCUCACGUUCUUUCAGAAAAGAAAAAUGGUCGGAGAAUCGACGUCGACGCAGGUAUUAAGGGAUUUGGAGAUCUCUUUACGCACGAAUCACAUUGAGUGGGUAAGGGAGUUCCUGGACGAAGAAAAUCAGGGGCUUGAUGCCCUCAUAGACUACCUCAGCUUCAGGUUACUCAUGAUGAGACACGAACAACGUCUCCUGGAAUCGCAUGCCAGUUCUGAAGAGAAAUUACAAACUGCUGGUCCUGGUGACACCUCACCCUUAAAUAACGGCUGUCUCAGGCCACCAAUCCACGAGCUCAAGGAUAGUCCUGGUGUUAAAAGGAGAUCCAGGCACGUGGCACGUCUAAAUAUGGGCGAAGCGAAGGAUGACAUUCACGUUUGCAUACUGUGCAUGCGUGCCAUCAUGAAUAACAAGUACGGUUUUAAUAUGGUCAUACAACAUCGAGAAGCAAUUAACUGCAUCGCUCUUAGUUUGAUGCACAAAAGUUUAAGAACGAAGGCUCUAGUGUUGGAAUUGUUAGCCGCUAUCUGUCUUGUGAAGGGUGGACACGAGAUUAUUCUGUCCGCGUUCGAUAACUUCAAGGAAGUGUGCUCGGAAAGGCGAAGAUUCACAACGCUGAUGGCAUACUUCACCCAAUACGAUAGUUUUCACAUAGAAUUCAUGGUCGCUUGUAUGCAGUUCGUGAACAUCGUUGUUCACUCGGUCGAGGACAUGAAUUUCAGAGUACACCUGCAGUACGAGUUUACCAAGCUUGGAUUAGAUGAAUAUCUCGAGAAACUUAGGCAUACCGAGAGCGAAGACCUCCAGGUUCAAAUCUCUGCGUAUCUGGAUAAUGUGUUCGACGUAGCUGCCUUGAUGGAGGACAGCGAAACCAAGACUGCCGCGUUAGAAAAAGUAGCUGAAUUAGAAGAUGAACUUGGCCACGCGCACGAUAGAAUGGCAGAACUGGAAAGAGAAUCCCUGGCUAAGUUAGCCGAACUAGAGACUGAAUUGGGCGCGUUGAAAGUAGAAUACGCGGAGGCUGUGGAGGCUCGUCGACUGGCCGAAGAGGAACUUACAGCUCUGAAGAGGCAGAAACAGGAUUCCGCUCGAAGGCAGAGCGUUCUAGAAAACAAAAUUAUUGAACUGGAGACUCUUACCGGCACUCUUACUAAAGGUUCCACCGCCAAUCUUCGAAAUGGAUCUGCAACGAGUCCAAUGAGCAGCUCGGAUAAUAUCACGUCCUCUACAAUGAAUUCGACUCCGUCGCCGAUAAUGGCGCAACCUCCUCCACCUGCCCCUGCACCACCUCCGCCACCUCCUCCUCCCUGCCCUCCUCCACCUCCUAUGGCGCCUCUUUCACCAGGCGAUCACAAGUUACCACCACCUGCCCCUAUACCUCCGCCACCCGCGGGCAUGAUGCAGGCACCGGACGGAGCGAUGACUAUUAAACGAAAGGUCCAAACGAAAUAUAAACUUCCAACGUUGAAUUGGAUUGCCCUGAAGCCGAAUCAAGUUCGAGGCACAAUCUUCAACGAAUUGGACGACGACCGACUGCACAAUUACAUAGACUUCUCCGAUUUCGAAGAGCGGUUUAAGAUUGGAAUGGGUGGGCACGUUGCCAAUGGCACCAAUGAAAUUGACGGUCUUCAAAGCUUCCCUAGUAAAAGAUUCAAAAAACCAGAAAAUGUGUCUCUUUUGGAGCACACCAGACUACGAAAUAUUGCUAUAUCUCGAAGAAAAAUGGAAAUGCCUGUAGAGAAAGUUAUCAUGGCCGUGAACGCACUUGAUUUGAAGAUACUUUCGCUGGAAAAUGUGGAGCUACUGCAGCGCAUGGUUCCCACGGAUCAAGAGAUUAAGGCAUACAGGGAGUAUAUUAUUGAAAAGAAGAACGUUAACCUUCUGACAGAAGAAGACAAGUUUCUGAUGCAGUUGGGUAAAGUGGAAAGAAUAUCGACCAAGUUGUCUAUCAUGAAUUAUAUAGGAAACUUUUUCGAUAAUUUACAUCUGAUUACUCCGCAAAUACACGCUGUAAUAUCUGCGUCAAGUACGGUUAAAAGUUCGAAGAAAUUAAGGGCAGUGUUAGAGAUCAUUCUUGCCUUUGGGAAUUACUUGAACAGCAGUAAACGUGGUCCUGCUUAUGGAUUCAAACUUCAGAGUUUAGACACAUUACUCGAUACCAAGUCCACCGAUAAGAGGAUGUGCCUUUUACAUUAUAUUGUAGCAACCAUACGUGUCAAGUUUCCGGAAUUGAUUAAUUUUGAAUCCGAGCUUAUGUAUAUUGACAAAGCAGCGACAGUCUCCUUAGAAAAUAUAACUACAGAUGUCCACGAGCUGGAAAAGGGUAUGGAUCUUGUUAGGAAAGAAUUCGAACUUCGUGGUAAAGAGAAACAUAACACGGUACUGCGAGAUUUCUUGAAUAACUCCGAAGAAAAGUUGCGACGUCUAAAAUCAGAUGCUCGCGCUGCUGGUGAAGCAUUCAGGGAAUGCGUUGAAUUUUUUGGAGAAAGCCCCAGACAGGCCGAUGCUAAUACAUUCUUCUCGCUUCUUGUUAGAUUCGCAAGGGCAUUUAAGGCUGCGGAUCAAGAAAAUGAACAGCGUCGCAGAUUAGAAGCUGCUGCUGCAGAAGCUUUGAACGCUUCAGAAGAUGUAAUUAAACGAAAUAAAAUAAAUCAGAAGAAGCAGCAGGAUGCUGUGAUAAAUGAAUUGAAAAAUAAAACAAGACUGGUCCAGGAGAAGAAAUUGUUGCAGCAGGACGAGGUUUACAACGGUGCACUGGAAGACAUUCUUCUUGGGCUUAGAUCGGAACCUUACCGAAGAGCAGAUGCAGUUAGACGUAGUCAGCGCAGACGUAUCGAUAAUCACAGACUUUCUCGCACUGCUGAGGAACUAGAACUCUAAGCCACGCUUCACAUUCAAUGUGCUUGUCGUUUUAGGAAGAACAAUAUCUCAUUGACAAGAAAACUAUAAUAAUCUGCACAAACAGUUUAGUGCUUAUAGUUUUCAACAUAAAAGCGUGAAUGAAUCGAGAAAUUUAAAUUUAAUUUGCCUUCUUUUUUAUUUUUAUUGAUUGAACAACGUUGACGUUUAUUAUUGGAAUCUCAUUAAAAUAUAUGGUUAAAUUUUUGUUAAGUUAGAAAACAGGAGGAAGGAUAAAUAUAGAAUGGUAGAAUUGUAGAUAUGACAAUUGUAAAAAUUUAUACGAUACAUGUGGUAUAAAGUUUUGGAAAAGUGUUGCAAGCACGCGAGUCACUUGUACGGUGCUAUACAUUCAUCUACAGACAAAACACCUUAACGUUGCAGUCAUUGGCGUAACUACGAUGGAUCAGACAACUUAGAUUUACUAAUAGUAUCAAGUGGUUAAUAUUUUGAAAUUCCAGUGUUUUCAAAUUCUGAUAUUUUGAAUUUUUGAAGCUUAGGAUCUUAAAAUCUCAAAAGGUUUGAAUGAUAGGGAGCAAGGCCCACCCUAGCCCCUACCCAAUUGCUCCACUGAUUAAACUGAUGUCAGUGACAUUUUGGAUUUCCACUACUUCUUCGAUCCAUUUUGUUUCUGUUGUACAAUUUCGAUGCGUCCUCACAGAGAACGUUUCUAAGAUACUACUAGAAAAAUUCGUAGGGCUAUUUUUGCAUUGUUUUCCAUUAAUGAAUACUUUUAAGUGAUUAUAUUAUGAAAAUUGUUUCCAUUUAAUUAUUGUUGAUUGUUAUAUGCGUUUGAAAUAUUUAUCAUUUUCAAAUUUAAUUGAUAUCUGUUGAUCGUUUGUUUGAAAGUUUCUAAGAAGAAAAAAAGGAGAGAAUGAAAUAGUAUAAAUAACAAUAAGCACAUUUAUAUAUGAAGCGAAAUUCGAAGUGUACUUUUUGGAUAUUUGUAAAUUUUCUAGCAUUUACAGUUUUUUAUUGAAUCGUAACAUUCCAUGGAUAUACGAAUCCAGAGCUCUUUAUACAAUUUUCUAAAUAACAGAAUAACUAUUUUCUGCCGCACAAAUUUUACAAAGUAUGAAAGUUCCAAAUGCUGCAGCAUAAUUUUUGCAAAGUCUGAAAAAUGUCAAUUCUUCGCACAGACGACAGUAGUAUUCUUAAAGAAUCUUAUUUUGAUACAAAUAAUAUAUAAAAGAUAGCACAACUUGUUACAUUCCGUCAGGACCUCAAGAUACGCUCAAUAUAACAAUAAAUACGUAAUAGCAUUUAGUAUGAUCGUUUUCACUAUAACGCAUUUAUGCAUAUUUCUGCAGAGACUAUAUGUGUAUAGUAAAUAGGGUAUUCUACAUGCAAAUUAAAUUUUCUUGAGCAUGAUUAGUACAUAUUAAUCAUUUAAUAUUAAAAUACUAAAAACGAAUGAAACAAAAUUAAUUAAAAAAAUGUAAAGGUAGUAAUUUAAACGCACAAUUUUUAAAUUACAAAUCAAAGAUAUUAAAUUAAAAAAAAGGAAAGCAGGAAAAUAAUUAAUUAAGCAUAUGACGUCAGAUGAUAAAAUUAUGCGUUAUAGUUGCAACGGCUGGUCUUUCAUAUUCUUCAUUACUAUAUAGUCCAAAGAAAAAGAAUAGAUAAUGCGAUUCAUCUUUCAAAGCGAUUUCAAAAAUUUUAUAUAUUUGCAACAUAGCUAGCAUACAUUUUCUACAGCCUUUUUCUAGGUGAUUACAUAUCCCGAAUUUUUUGAAGAAAUAAUGAAAUUAUAUUUUCAAUUUUGUACGUUUUUUAUAUGUAAAUAUUAUGGUAAUGUACAAAGUAUACUGGUAGUUUAUAAAGAAAUGUAAUUAAUAAUCGUAAACGAAUUGCCAGUGUGAUGUUUAGAUAAGUAUAACAUCUAUGUGCGUAAUUAAUAAUUAUUCGUUGGCUAAAUUGCGAAAUGGGGAUAUAGUUUCAGACAGUUGCUAAAUGAAAGAAACGUAUCUUAUGUAAAAUGUAAAUACUGUGCAUUUUAUUAAAUAAGUUAUGCAAAA